AUGUGUAAACCAGCAGAUUACACAGGGAAAAAGCAGAAGGCAGAAGUCGGGCACAACGGGAGGGUCCAGGCUGUUCCCAGCGUGGCCAUGACGGGCCAACAGGAGUUAGACCUGCAGGAGCAGCAUGGAGAUCCAACGCAGGAGGACGGCGACACGAAGGAAGGAGGAGAGAAGGUGCACGUGUCGGUGGAGGGAGAGCAGAGGGACGAGGAGGAGGCGGAGGAAGAGGAGAUGGACAGCCUGCCGUACCCCACUCUGGCACCAGUGGUUCUCCUGGCCUUGACUCAGACCAGCCCUCCUCGGUCCUGGUGCCUCCGAGCCGUCUGCCAUCCAUGGUUCGAGCGUGUGAGCAUUUGUGUGACGCUGGGAAUGUUCCAUCCCUGUGGUCACACACCCUUCUAUCUGCAGGCUCUGGACGACGGCAUCUUUGUGUUUUUUGCCGGAGAGAUGGUGAUGAAGAUGGUGGCUCUGGGGGUCAUUGGUCAGAACGGUUACCUGGGAGACACAUGGAACAGACUGGACUUCUUCAUCGUUAUAGUGGGAAUGCUGGAAUACUCUCUGGACGGACACAACGUCAGCCUAUCAGCCAUCAGGACCGUCCGUGUGCUCCGCCCACUGCGAGCCAUCAACAGAGUUCCCAGUAUGCGUAUCCUCGUGACCCUCCUCUUAGACACACUCCCCAUGCUGGGCAACGUGCUGGCACUGUGCUUCUUCGUCUUCUUCAUCUUUGGCAUUGUUGGCGUGCAGCUGUGGGCGGGGCUUCUGAGGAACCGCUGCUUCAUGGGAGAGGACGUCAAGAUGAGAUACAAUGUUUCCUUCCUGAGUGGUUACUAUCGACCUGACGGCACCGACGAUCAUCCCUUCAUCUGCUCAACGGAGAGAGACAACGGGAUGCUUCGAUGCUCCGAUGUUCCUCGCCGCCGUGUGGGCAGGACUUCAUGCUUCCUUGGUGCUGAGGAGGAUCGUCCAGAUACUGGACUGAGACAAGAAGAGCCGGGUUCAUGCGUGAACUGGUAUCAGUAUUACAAUGAGUGUCGGGCCGGGGAAAUAAACCCACAUAAAGGGGCUAUUAACUUUGAUAAUAUUGGAUAUGCAUGGAUCGCCAUCUUCCAGGUGAUCACUCUGGAAGGAUGGGUGGACAUCAUGUACUAUGUCAUGGACGCACAUUCCUUCUACAACUUCAUCUACUUUAUUUUUCUCAUUAUAGUGGGAUCUUUUUUCAUGAUCAACCUGUGCUUGGUGGUCAUCGCCACCCAGUUUUCUGAGACCAAGCAGAGGGAACAUGCCUUAAUGAAGUCGGAGCAACGCGCACGCCAGCUGCACCAAUCAGCUUCCACGCUGGCCAGUGACAGCCAACCAGGAAGUUGCUAUGAGGAGAUAAUCCGCUACCUGGCUCACCUUGGUCGCAAGGCGUGGAGACGAAUAUCUCGCUGCUACGCUCAGACGCACGUGCCCUUUCACUGCAGGUGCUCGUGCCAGAAAAACCGAGGUGGAGGCUCCGCCAGGGGGAGUGGAGUCGGCGAGAUGAAUGGACUCGCGAACCGACACUCGGGCCACGCCCCCAACGACUUGUCACACCUUCAUCAGCUCUACCACAACCACCAGCAUCAUCACCAGCCUCAACUGACCCAGUCUGAGUCUGUUGUCAGUAACGGAGGGAUGGCGUUUAAUUACCCCUUCAUAUCACCACUUCUUAGUCACAUGGAUACAAAGGACCAGAACCAGAAACGAGCGGCUGCCCCGGAGACCAUGAGCCGACUACCACAGCUGGUGCUGGAGCACGGCGGGUGCCCUGGGCAGCCGGCGUUAGCUCUUCCAGGUGAAGUCCCAGGAGAGUCAUCCACGUGUCCUUACUGCAUCUACUACAAUCAACCCGGUGACAAUGACGGCGUUCACGAGCAGCCUGAAGACAACGAGCGUCAUGGGUGCGACAACUCGUGCCAUGGCAACAGUCCGUGUCACAGCCACAGCCACAGCCCGUGUCGCGCCGAUGUUCAGGUGUCUGGGCCAAGGAAGAACGUGAUGAGGCGCUGCUGGGCGGGCCUGCAGACUAAACUUCAACUCAUUGUUGGCAGCAGAUACUUCAGCCAAGGAAUCAUGAUUGCCAUCCUCAUUAACACACUGUCGAUGGGCAUAGAGUACCAUGAGCAGCCGCAGGAGCUGACAGACGUUUUGGAGAUCAGUAACAUGGUGUUCACAAGCCUCUUCAGUCUUGAGAUGCUCCUGAAGCUCCUGGCCCUUGGACUCUUUGGAUACCUGAAGAACCCCUACAAUGGCUUUGACAGCAUCAUUGUCAUCAUCAGUGUGUGGGAGAUCGUCGGGGAGGCAGCAGGAGGCCUGUCGGUGCUGCGUACCUUCCGUCUGCUGAGGGUUCUGAAGCUGGUGAGGUUCCUCCCUGCCCUGCGGCGGCAGCUGGUGGUGCUGAUGAAGACCAUGGACAACGUCGCCACAUUCUGCAUGCUGCUGAUGCUCUUCAUAUUCAUCUUCAGUAUCUUGGGGAUGCAUCUAUUUGGCUGCAAAUUCGGCCUGCGACAAGACAGUGGAGACACUUUGCCAGACAGAAAAAAUUUCGACUCUCUGCUGUGGGCAACCGUCACCGUGUUUCAGAUCCUUACUCAGGAGGACUGGAACGCAGUGCUGUAUAAUGGGAUGGCCUCCACCACGCCACUGGCUGCCCUCUAUUUUGUUGCCCUCAUGACCUUUGGCAACUAUGUCCUCUUCAAUUUGCUCGUCGCCAUUCUGGUCGAAGGAUUUCAGGCUGAAGGGGAUGCUAACAGGUCUGAGGCGGAUGAUGAGCGACAGUCGUUCUCCUUCGAGGAUGAGGAGAAGCUGAGGGAGUUGUACGCCGCAGAGCUUAGGCUCCACACCAUGAUGCUCAGUCCUAAUGGUCCCCUGAACCCGAAGGCCUCCAUGCCCCAGCUUCCUCCUCCACCUCUGAUCACCCACACCGCAGCCACGCCCACCAUUAACUCCUGCCAAUCACGGCGAGCGAGUGGAGCUUCCAUGGACAUCAACAGCUUGGAGCAAAGACCACCGAGCCUUUGGGACAGCGGUCCAGAGAGUCGUCGCUCCAGUUGGACCAGCAUGGGUCGAGCCCCAAGUCUUCACAGGAAGAGCCAAUCAGGAGAGAUGGAGUCGCUGUUGUCCGACACGCACUCAAACUCCAAUCCCAGCAGCAUGGAGCAGUCCCUGGACCAGUCCGAGUUCCUGCAGGUGCCGGUGCUCCUCUCGCCUGAUUGCAACGGCACCACCUUUCACCUCAGCGACAGCUGCUACGAUGACACUCCUCUGACGUCUCACUACCACGGCGAUAACGACGAGGACGAGGUUGAGGAGAGCCUAUGUAAAAAACUGAAGAAAAUCCUGGAGCCAUAUAAGCCACAGUGGUGCCUGGAGCAUGAAGACUGGUCCCUCUAUCUGUUCUCCCCACAUAACCGGUUCCCCCUCUCCCCUCUGCCCCCGGUCAUAGGUCACAAGAUGUUUGAUCACAUCGUCCUCCUCUUCAUCUUCCUCAAUUGCAUCACCAUUGCCCUGGAGAGACCAGACAUUGAGUCGAACAGCAUGGAGCGGGUGUUCCUCAGUGUGUCCAAUUACAUCUUCACUGUGAUCUUCGUGGGUGAAAUGAUGAUGAAGGUGGUAGCUAUGGGCCUGUGCUUUGGAAACGGUGUGUACCUGCAGAGCAGCUGGAACAUAUUAGACGGUCUGCUGGUGUUUGUGUCAAUGGUGGACAUUCUCGUCUCCAUCGCAUCAUCUGGAGGUAAUCGAAUCCUUGGCAUACUUCGUGUGCUUCGUCUCCUUCGCACACUGCGACCUCUCCGGGUAAUUAGUCGGGCUCCAGGUCUAAAACUGGUUGUGGAGACUCUCAUCACGUCUCUGAGGCCCAUUGGGAACAUUGUCCUCAUCUGCUGUGCCUUCUUCAUCGUAUUUGGAAUUUUAGGAGUGCAGCUGUUUAAGGGGAAGUUCUUCCAAUGCGAGGGGCACGAUGUGGCCAACAUCACCAAUAAAACCCAGUGUCUGGAGGCAGGGUACCGAUGGGUCAGACGCAAAUACAACUUCGACAAUCUGGGACAGGCACUGAUGUCACUGUUUGUUCUGUCAUGUAAAGACGGCUGGGUCAGCAUCAUGUACGACGGCCUGGAUGCUGUCGGAGUGGAUCAGCAGCCAAUCAGAAACAACAACCCCUGGAUGUUGCUGUUCUUCAUCUCUUUUCUCCUCAUCGUCAGCUUCUUUGUGCUCAACAUGUUUGUGGGCGUGGUGGUGGAGAACUUUCACAAGUGUCGGCAGCAACAGGAGGAAGAGGAGGCGCGGCUGAGGGAGGAGAAACGACAGAGGCGUUGGGAGAAGAGGAGAAGAAGGGCCCAGGAGAAACCAUAUUACUCAGACUACUCCCCAUUGCGUCGAUCCAUCCACACUGUGUGCACCAGCUACUACAUGGACCUCUUCAUCACCAUCAUCAUCUUCACAAACCUCCUCACCAUGAGCAUGGAGUACUACAACCAGCCUAAGUACCUGGAGGAGAUACUGAAGUACUGCAACUAUGUGUUCACCUUGGUUUUCGUCAUCGAGGCCAUUCUUAAACUCAUCGCCUUUGGCCUGCGCAGGUUUUUCAAAGAGAGGUGGAACCAGCUGGACCUCUCCAUUGUCUUGUUGUCCAUCAUGGGAAUCGCACUGGAGGAAAUCGAUCUGAACGCUUCCCUGCCUAUCAACCCUACCAUUAUACGCAUCAUGAGAGUCCUGCGAAUAACGAGGGUGCUGAAGCUCUUGAAGAUGGCCACAGGAAUGAGGGCUCUGUUAAACACAGUAAUGCAAGCGUUGCCUCAGGUGGGGAAUCUGGGUCUGCUCUUCAUGUUGCUGUUCUUCAUCUAUGCUGCUCUGGGAGUUGAGCUCUUUGGAAAACUGGAGUGUUCUGACGAGAACCCAUGUGAGGGUCUCAGUCGCCACGCCACCUUUGACAACUUUGGCAUGGCUUUCCUCACACUCUUCAGGGUGUCCACGGGGGACAACUGGAAUGGCAUCAUGAAGGACACCCUGCGUGAGUGCCGCUCCCAGGACCGCCACUGCCUCACCUACCUGCCCUUCAUCUCUCCCGUUUACUUCGUCACCUUCGUCCUGACGGCUCAGUUCGUGCUGGUGAAUGUGGUCGUGGCUGUUUUGAUGAAGCAUCUGGAGGAGAGCAACAAGGAGGCACAGCUGGAGGAGAUGGAGGAGCAGAGGGAGAGGGAGGAGAGGAAGGAGAGGGAGGCGGCGGCAAACAGGCGUCAGAGCACCGUGUCCCUGAGUGGAGCGCCGGGGCCGAACUUGGAUGCACCUGCUCAGGUUCAGGUCGACGAAGAGGAGCUGUCCCACUCCCAGGGCAACCUGCUGAGCAUGGGAGGCAUGAUAUCUCUGCCCAGCGACAGCUACGUUCAGCCACUCAGAUGUUCUCCUUUUCCUCACGUUGGGCACGAGGCAUAUUCUGGCUACAGCUACUCAGGCUCCGUGUCGUCUCUGUGCUCCAGUGGAGGAGGCUCCCUGCUGCAGGUCCCAGGCGCCCUGCCCAACAUAAGCCACGCUUCGCUGGGGUCUGGACGCAGCUCAAGGCCCAUGAUCUGCCUGAGCACCUCUGGGAGUGUGGACAGAUACUCCCUGCACAGACUGGGUCCGGCGGACAGCAUGGAAGGCCACAGGCUCAGCCCCGGUCACAGGAUCAACAGACACAGACUCAACUCAGCUCACAGCAUAGACGGAUACAAGUUCAGCCCCGCCCAUCGGAUCAACAGACACAGACUCAGCUCCGCUCACAGCAUAGAUGGAUACAGGCUGAAUCAAGACCAGGCCACAGACAGGCCCAAGCUGAUGUCCAGUCACAGUAUAGACAGACAUCCGUCUCCCAGGCUGAGUCCCAGUCACGGUGCCAGCAGACGUCCAACUCAGUGGCUCAGUCCUCAGGACAGUUUAGAUAAAAACAAGUUGAGUCCUUCCUACAUCCCCGACAGUUCUAUUUCAAGAAGACCAGCAUCUUUCCAUAACGCCAGCAGACAGUUACGAAGACAGGAGGCUGUUCGCUGUGACUCUCUGGACCAGACAGACUCAGUCGAUGAUCUGGCAGAACCUCACCUCACAGUGCCCGCCACAUCUUCCACGCCACCACGCCAGCGAUCGUCCAGUGUCCACACACUGAAGUACACACAACCCCAGAGGGUCAUCUCAUGCCGGAGCCACAGCAGGGGCCACAGUGAGACCCCCGGGAAACCGCAGCUACCUGAGCGAUCAAUCUGUGGAUCGCAGUCACAGUCAGACAGUGAGAAAAGGCCCGUCAGCCCCCAGAGUCUGUCCAGCGGGAAAACACCCAGUGGUGAGUCUCACUCUUUAUCAGCUCCCCUCCGCAGCACCAGAGCAGAGAGCCCCAGCCUUAGCUUCGACUCCGGUCACCAGCAGGACGAUGCAGAUGAGGAGGUCAGCCGCAUUACCAGCUCUGUUCAAAGUCACUCACGCACACAACUUUCCCCCAACUCCUCCCACAAAACCAGACACCUUACCCCCAGACCCGCAGAGCACAGGAGCCGCCUCAGCCAAUCGGUGUCGCCUGUGUCGGGCCGGAACAGGAAGCAGAGGAUGAGCCCGCCGCCGGGGGAGGAGCCCGUCACCAUGGCGACCCAGCAUAUGGACAGCAGCGUUGACUUGAGGAGGCGGACUCUGUCAUUUGACGCUACAAGUGUCUCUCCUCAUCCACCAGAGGGCAGCUCAGUAGACGAUUGACCGCAUGUGGACGUGACUUUAUUUUCUAAAGCUGGAGUGCAUUGAAGGGGCAAGAGUUAGGAACGGGGAGGACGUCUGUUUCCUGUGUGAGGCCACGCCCCCUACCCUGUCCACAUGCAAGAUUUUUUACAGGGUGGUCCUGACAAAUUCCUCAAAACUGAGUGUGUAUUUGAUGGAGGACAUUUGCCUCUCUGUGAUGCACACUGGAAGAUGUUUCCUCUUCUCCUACCAUAGCUCUAUUACUUUAGUUCAGACAGAGUAGUCUCCUAUCUCUCUCUCUCUCUCUCUCUCUCAGCUAUAUUUACCUAAACAGUAGCCUAGCCUUUGCUUGCUUGCUUGCACUCCCCCAUCUUCUCUCACUCUUAUACCUUUCCUUUCGCCUCAAGCCCAGGUCAGAAUAGAGGAGAGAGUUUACCCUCAAAAAGUGAACAGUACCACACAGUCAAAAACAUGUUAAUGCUAACAUUACCUCAAUUCCAGGAGUCGUACAGUAGCUCAGCCAUCACAUUUUAUUGACUCCAUAAAUCAUACUACAUCUUUAGUCCAACCUGUAAAAAACAGCUUUAGUUAACAGUUUAAAUAAUUAAUAUAUUUUUAUUUAUUUAUUAAAUACAUAAAUACUAACAAUGUGACUGUAUUCAAUUUGUCCGUACCUUUGAGAUAAAUAUUUCCCCCAGAAAAUACAUUUGAUUAAUUAUCUAAAAAUAACCGCAAUUUUAGUCUUUUACAUUUUCGUGCUGUUGUGCAAAGAUAAUGCUCACGUCUGUUGGAAAAGAAAAUAUAAAUGGGCCGUUAACCCACUUAGGACUCACAACAGUGGAGCUUGUAUUUAACCAGGCUACAGUCCCACUGGGUGUAGCUCGCCCAGUGUAGGAUUACAGUCUGAGAAAACCUUGAUAUUAGUGUUGUUUCUAGUAUUUCCCUCCCAGGCCUGUAACCACACAACCUUGAAGAGUUAAAAAAAAAGAAACGGUUCAGCUCUUAAAGCCCUAGAGUUGAAUUCCCUCCAUUAUGACCUGGGCUUUAGUAGUUUCUACCUCGCUGUUCCCUGAUCCCACCCAAUCAGAUGUGUCCCCGCUCCCAUUUUUCCACUUUUUCCUCAUCUCGGUAUUCUCAGGGUAGAGGUAGUUCAAACACAGGUGAGGUUGAUGCAUGUGACCACAGGACUGCAGGGUAAGGUCGCCCCCUGCUGUCAGAACCUGAGUUAGCCCAUAUUGCUGGCUAUUUGAAGGGACUAUGCUGACAUACGUACGUGUGUGCAAGGUUGAUGUACAGCAAUGGGAUGAAAGUUUGUAGAAAAGAAAAGCUGAAACUAUAUUUUAAUAACAGAGCAGAAAAGAUAUGAGAACAGUAAACGUGACCUGCAACGUUUCCAGUGUCAUUUUAUCUGCGACUACUUGUUAAAGGCAGUGAUGAUGCUUUUAGGGUAAAUCUGGAAUGUUCAGAGUGUGUGUGUGUUCAGACUUAACCUUAAAUCAUGAGAGUGUGAUGGAGUGACUGGGCGAGUGUGUGCAGAGAAGCAGGCAGGGGACAGUGAGCGCACCUGCAGUACCAUGACUGGACAGUGUUGAAAUAAAACUACUUCCUUUCUGACUUUAAUUUGACUUUCUGAUUCUGCUUAGCAUAAUAUGUUAUUUCCUAACUGUAUUUUUUUUUUUUAUCGCUCAUCUAAAAAUAGAUGCUUAGUCGCUAUCUGCUGGUGCUAAUCAAUUUAACAUAACUGAAGUGCACGGCUAAUUACAGUCUUCCUCCAGAUGUUGAUGACGAUGUCUUACUUAUCUUUGGAAUCUGAUCACAACUCGUAAUUACAUCAAGAACAGUUUCAAUGCAAGACAAAAUGUAAAACAAUUGAAAGAAACAAACAGAGGCGGACCAGCAGCUGUGGCUGUGGCGGUGAGAAGAGUUUAUUCUCCAUAUUUCAUUACACCACUUCUGCAUAUCACAAUAAAAUAUUUAAUCACAUAAAUAUUUCACAUUAAAACACUACAGUAUGCGCUAAGCUGCCUGGCCUGUAUUCCCCUGCCAAGACAAUGUACCAGUUUCUGUAGGUCCCACCCUUACUCACUAUUGGUCAAUGGGCGUGAAUGUGUCAAUUUCAGCCAAUGGCAGAGCCGCCUGUGGCUGGUACAGUUAGCUUGACAGAGACAAAUAGGAG